GGGCACAUGAUGGCGGCUUACACCAUCGCGGCAUUAUUAAGCGAAGGUGGACUUUCUUCCUCCACCUGCUUGCACGGGCUACCAACUCCGCUAGCUCAAGAAGCAUCCAUCAAUUCUCAUCAUCGCGGCACUUCUCGCUGUCUCUUCCUUGCUUAUCCUACUCCCCUCCAAAUACCUCGACACAUUGGCCUCGCCAGCAGCAGGAAUGUCUUCCCUCACCAGCGGGGUGUACCCCCCACCUCUCUCCAGCCCAGAGCAAACCCACCUCAUCACGACAAUCAAAGACUGGACCAUUGCGAAUGGCCUGACCAUUCGUCCGCCACCAAACCCCAAAGCAGACCCGAAUGCUGUCACCGCUGUCAGCGCGCCGGUCACCCUGUUCCCCAGCCCUUUUCCUCGGGUAUGCUUCGAGCAGGGACGGGUCGUGCAGCAAAGCUACAACGAGCUGUAUGCCGCUGUGAGCCGAGAUGAGAAGUUCAUUGAGGACAUGGUGAAUGAAGUCAAGGAUGGAGAUGAUUUCAUUGGCCAGCUAUGGAACAUUCACCUCAAAGUGAAGGAGGAGGGCUACACGCAGCCACUGUCGCUGGGUCUCUUCAGGUCCGACUACAUGGUUCACCAAGAUUGCACGUCAGAACCCCCGACACUACAAGCAAAGCAAGUCGAGUUCAACACCAUAGCCUCCUCUUUUGGAGGUCUGUCGCAGCAGACAUCGGGGUUGCACAAGUUUCUGGCCAACACAGAGUACCCCCUCCUCGAGAAGAACAUCUCCAGCAUCCUACUAGACCUCCCCGAGAACAAGACAACACAAGGACUUGCAGCAGGCAUCCAAGCCGCUUACACAGCGUACGGCGACUCGGAACUAGGCCACCCCCGAUGUGUUGUCUUCCUGACCCAGGAUGGCGAGCGCAACGUGUUUGACCAACGACAUUUGGAGUACCAGGUCCUCCAGGCGAAGCCCGCCAUUCCCGUCUUCAGGCUACCCUUUUCGGAAGUGCUCCAGCACACCAGCAUAGCCGACACACCGAAACGCCAGCUCCUCUAUAAGCUCCCUCGCAACCCAGACAAGGUCUACGAGGUAGCCGUCAUCUACCUUCGUGCCGGCUACGGCCCCGGUGACUACCCCGACUCCAAGGGCUGGGAGGCAAGGCUGCAUCUCGAGCGGUCCCAUGCAAUCCGAUGCCCGACAGUGUUGACGCAGCUAGCUGGCACGAAGAAGGUGCAGCAGGUCCUGGCGACGCCCGACCUGUCCGUCCUCGCAAAAUACAUCAACAACAAGACGCCCGCAGCGCAGGAACUGUGGAAGACGUUCACCAACAUCUACCCCAUGGAUACCUCGCCCUCGGGUCUCGAAGCCAGGAAGAAGGCCCUGGACCCCCAGGAGGCGGAGAAAUAUGUGCUCAAGCCCCAGCGUGAAGGCGGCGGCAAUAAUAUCUACCGCGGGUCCAUACCGUCCUUCCUCAAGACAGUGCCCGAGGAACACUGGGGUUCCUACAUUCUCAUGGAGCUCAUCACACCUCCGCCCGUCACGAACACCAUCCUCCGCAAUGGGGCGCUCGAAGCAGGCGGUGUGAUCUGCGAGCUGGGCGUCUAUGGCACAUGUCUCUGGGACCAGAACAGCGGCAAGGCGAAGCACAAUGAGCAGGCAGGAUACCUGCUCAGGACAAAGGGCGACAAGAGCGAGGAGGGCGGUGUCGCAGCUGGAUACGGCUGCAUGGAUAGCGUAGCGCUUGUCUAGAGAUGAAGUAUGAAGAAAAGAAGCAGAAGAUAAUCAUGCUCAGAAAAAAAGAAGAAUGCUGGGCUGGCAAGCUGAUGAAAUGGUGUAAAGUCUCAAUUAUGGUAUCAAUGCCCCGCUUCCUCCACGCAGUAAUAGUACAGCAAUCCUACCAACAAAGAGAAAGAUGUCUUCCAGAGAUAGCGGAGAUGUGGUCAUUACAAAUGUCCUAUCAUUGUAUGUAUGCCCAUUACUGGGAUUCCUCAGGGACCUGGUGAGGGCGCUUGAGCACAUCAAUAGAGCCUAUUCAUC